AAUGUCGUUUUUAUCGGUGACUUAGCGAAAAUGUACCGACAAAUACUUAUAGAUCAAAAUGAACGAAAUCUACAGAGGAUUGUUUGGCGAGACUCUCAGGACGAAAACGUCAAACAUUUUCAAUUAAACACUGUGACGUAUGGUACUUCUUCGGCGUCUUUCUUGUCCACCCGUUGCCUAAAGCAAGUGGCUAUGGAUAACUUAAAGCUAUGGCCGCUUGAAAGUGAUAUUAUUAGGUCCGAUUUCUUUGUCGAUGACCUUCUUACGGGUUCCUCUGAUUUUGAGUCCCUAAAUAAAAUUCGGGAAAAUAUUUGCAAUAUUCUAUCACAAUAUGGUUUCCAACUGCGAAAGUUCCAAUCAAAUGAUCCCAGAAUCCUUGAAAACAUCGAUCGAAACUCAAAAGAAGAAUAUCUUAUUACGAAUGACUCUAGCAUUAAAACCUUGGGUGUUUCUUGGAUGCCAAAGGCAGACACUCUUCAAUAUAAUUCUCAAACUAUCCCUUUAAAUCAAAGUUUCACAAAAAGAUCCAUUUUGUCCUUUAUAGCAAAAAUCUUCGACCCAUUGGGCAUCUUAGGUCCUUUGUCAAUCCGGGCUAAACUCCUUAUACAAAAAUUGUGGAGAUUGCAAAUUGACUGGGAUGACGAUUUGCCAGACGAAAUAACUGGGGAAUGGUUGAAUUUAAAAGAUGAAAUUUGCCAAGUAGGUUUAAUGCAGAUUCCUCGUCACGUUCUGGUUAAGUGUCCAAAAAUAAUCGAAAUCCAUGGGUUUUCAGAUGCCAGCGAAUGCGCUUAUGCAUGCUGCAUAUACAUCAGAUCCAUAGCCUCAGAUGGUAACAUUCAAAGCAAUUUACUUUGCGCUAAGUCAAGAGUCAGUCCAAUAAAAUGCCAAACCCUUCCUAGGCUCGAGUUAUUGGGAGCAUUAAUUUUAACUAGAUUGUUCGUAAAAUGCCUUAAGGCUUUAAACAUCGAUUUUUCGCGAAUUUAUCUCUGGACGGACUCUACAAUAGUUCUAAACUGGAUUUCCAAAGAACCUAAAACUUGGAAAACAUUUAUUGCCAACCGUGUCGCAGAAAUCCAACAAAAUUCGAAUAUCAUAGAUUGGAAUUACAUUGCUUCAGAGCACAAUCCAGCUGAUAUUAUAUCACGCGGCUCGAAUCUUAAAAAUCUAAUUCAUUCGGAUCUCUGGUUACAUGGGCCCGCGUUUUUUCGAAAUCAAAUUGAAUGGCCAUCAAAUUCAAACAUUAAGAAUUUUAUUGGCUCGAAGAAAGAAAUUCCCGAAGUUAGAAUUACAUCUUUACACGUCCAAGUAACCAAAUCCAAGAAUUUUGAGAUUUUUUCUCGAUUUUCAAAUUUAAAGAAAUUGAUUCGUACCGUCGCCUAUUGCUUUCGGUUUUGCGAAAACUGUAAAGUUUUGGCUACACAAAGGAAGCAUGGGUCUCUUGCUUUAUUAGAAAUUGAAAGAAGCGAGACGGCACUUGUAAUUUUAGUACAAAACGAUUGUUUUGAGGGUGAAAUACUUAAUUUAAAAACUAAAAACAAAGUGCAUUCGAAAAGUAAAUUAAAGAUACUGUCUCCCUUUCUGGAUAGUCGAGGUGUUAUUAGACUCGGCGGACGAUUAAAAAAUUCCAGAUUAAAUUUUGAUGUCAAACAUCCCAUAGUUUUACCUAGCAAACAUCCAUUCACGAAUUUAAUAAUAGACUUUGAACAUUUACGGACGUUUCAUUCUGGUGCACAAUGCACAUUAUCCCAUAUUAGGCAGAAAUAUUGGCCGAUCGGUGGUAAAAGUGCAGUGCGAUCCCGAAUUCGUAAAUGUUUAGUUUGCUUUAAAGUCCGUCCUCAUAAAAGUGUAUUUCCGAAAAUGGGCGAAUUGCCUUCGAAUAGAGUAACACCAUCGCGUAUAUUUUCGUCAGUAUUCGUAGAUUAUGCCGGGCCUUUUGAAAUAAAGGCGAGUAAAACGAAGACAAACAAAAUUAUUAAGGCAUAUAUAUGCAUUUUUGUCUGUUCAGCCGUUAAGGCGGUCCACAUUGAAGUAAUUUCUGACUUAACUAGUAAUGGUUUUUUGAGCGUUUUAAAGCGUUUUGUAUCAAGAAGAGGCAUUUGCGAUAAUAUUUAUUCAGACAACGCUACCAAUUUCGUGGGGGCAAACAAUGAACUAGUAGCCAUUCGAAAAUUGGUGGAAUCGAGCUCUUUCAAAGAUUAUCUUGGGUUUUUUAAAAUCACAUGGCAUUUUCUGCCACCUCGAUCACCUCAUUUUGGAGGUUUGCAUGAAGCUGCAGUAAAAUCGUGCAAACAUCAUAUAAAGCGUGUAUUGGGCGGCAUACAUUUAGAUUACGAGGAAUUUUAUACAUUUGCGAUACAAAUCGAGGCAAUUCUAAAUUCCCGUCCCCUAACUCCUAUCUCUUCCGAUCCCUGCGACCUUGAAGCACUGACACCUGGGCAUUUCCUAAUCGGACAACAGUUAACAGCCAUUCCUGAAAGGGACCUCAAGGCCGACAAGCAUUUCUGGGCUCGCUGGAGCAAAGAAUAUCUACACUUGCUUCAAGUAAGGACCAAAUGGAAUGUAGAGGACGCCAAUCCAAACAUUCAUGUUGGUUCCAUGGUUAUUCUGAAGGAAGAAAACGUUCCCAGUACGUGCUGGCCUCUGGGACGAGUUGUCAUUACUCACCCUGGCAAGGAUGGCAUCAUAAGGGUUGUAACUGUACGGACCAAGAGUGGGACCCUAAAGCGUGCUGUCAACAAAUUGGCUCUACUCCCUAUCGAAUCAGAGGUGCGGCCAGUAGAGACAGACGAGUGACGACAGCGUGUUUUGAACUUUAUUGGUUUCUUAAAGGACCGAAGUGUUCAAUAUUAACAUAUAUAUAUAUAAUUUUUAUUUUUCGGUACUUUAAGAUUAGUUAGUUGCGUACCUAUUUCUAUCUUUAUAUUAAGAAAUAUCUUGUUAGUUUGACAAUAUUGUCUUUAAGAAUUUGUAUUAUAUUGAAAGCCUAGUCUUUCAAGAGGGGCGGUUUAUGUUAAGCGUUAUUCAUAUAAUUACGUAUUUAUUUUUGUAUUCGGCAACAACGCCAUAAUCCGACUGGGCAAGAGGCCGAGCGACCGAAUUAUUAUGUGACGAUCGGCGGCAGGGGAUUCACGGCGCUCGCGGCUCUUCAAUCAUGAUGUUUUUGUUCCUGUUUGUUUUUAAAUAAUAUAUGGUAUUAAUACAGUUCAAUCGAA